CGGAAAUCGAGUUCAAGGAUUCUCCCGUUUUACCUCAAUCUUCAACGCCGCAAAUGGCAAGUGAAACCAACUCAGCAGCAGUGGCGGCGCAGUCUGCCGACUGUGUCGACGACUUGUUUGAUUACGAGGUCGGUCUUGACGACAUUUUACAAGAAACCAAUGCGAGCACGAGUAGCGGAAACGUGCCGAAGCAAUCUAUCCAACCGGAUAACUCAGGGGUGUUCCUAGGCCUCGAUGAAGAGGUUGAAGUUGCCAAAAGGAGACAGCCAGUUGCUAAAUUAGACGAAAACAGACUGCUCACACAAGCUGGAAUCCCCAAGCUGCGGCGCUCCGCAAAAAAAAGCCUUAGGUUCAAGGGAAAGGGGCAUGAGUUCUCUGACUUAGCACGUCUCCUGAAUUUUUAUCAAUUGUGGCUCGACGACCUGUUUCCUCGCGCGAAAUUUGUAGAUGGUUUAGCUAUGAUUGAACGGCUUGGCCAUUCUAAACGGCUACAGACUAUGCGACGAGCCUGGAUAGACGAGGAGAAGCCGAAGGCUGCGGUUGAGGAUACAUUAAGGACCGAACAAACGAAUUCCAACGAUAAAGAUAUCACGAGCAACGACACGUUGAUGGCAAACCACCGGCAAUCAAUACCAAGUGAUAGCUCGCGAUUAACUGGAGAUUUAGUUGAUACAGAUGAGGACUUGUUUUUACCGGACAGUAUUAACCAUCUGCAGUCAGUCAGCAAGAACCAUGCUCAACCGGACGAUAAUGAUGAGUUUGACGAACUGGAUGCUCUGCUGAGAGAGCGUGGAGAUGAGCCUGGCAUUGGAAAUCUUACUUCAACUGGGGGUACCGGCAAUGGUUAUUGUUCGCCGGUUGAUGACGACUUCGCUGAGUUGGACGCCCUAUUGGGGGAACACGAAGGCGAACAUGAUCUAGAUAAAUUUGACCCCGAAAGAGUCGAAGAACGACACAACGGAAACUGA